UGCUUCAAGUCCUCAUUUCCUUGUCAUUUUGCAGUGGACUGGCGGUCGUGCAGGUGGGCACCACCCCUGUGAGGACUUCCAUCAGCCUAUCAUAUGGUGCCAUUCGUCAGCAACACAACAUUUCGCUUAUCGCUGGUUCCCGGUUUCGGAGACGCUGAGGGUACAUGGCCGUAUAUCACUGGUGAUUGGUCCGUGGAAGGGUGUGGCGUCCAGCCAAUGCCUUUCGGUGGUUUUCUCUUCGCUUCGUGGGUUAUGAUAGCCAAAGAGGCGCACACAUCCGAUUCGUUAAGGAGCUUAUUGUUAAGGCGGGAAGGGACGUACCAGAAGGAGACCGGUGGCAUCCUUACUGUGCAGUCCGAGCUCGGGGAGCCGAUUCACAAAAUUGCGACUUGUGCCGUUCGGCUUUGGAAAGAGUUUGAUAAUACUGUGUUCAAGUUGCCAAAGGAGAAGCGUGCGGCGUGGCUGAAGCGGAAUGAGGAUUCUGUCAUCGAGAAGCUUAAUCGCGAUUCCAACAAGCCUUGGUUUGCGCAGAAGAAAGAUGGGGAGGUCGUGAGGGAUCUUGGGGAUCUGACGUAUGAGGAGACAGUCCUUCGGCUCGUUUGUCUGAUGUACAUCGAGCACCAGAAGAGGUGGAUCGACCUUACGCUUCGAAAUCCCCUUGGAGACUGGCUCCGUCGUGUCGAGGAGCGAUUCACGGGAGUCAAUGGCACGCCGAAAGAUCGAUUCUGCAAAGUCAUUCAUCGCUUGUUAAAGGAUACUUGUCGAUUGCCCAACGGCCUGGUCAGAAGCCAGUGCCUCUCAUUCCUGAUCUCGAUGCUGGAUUCGAAGUCUGGUUCAAGAAGGACUCUCUUUGGGCAGCGGAAGACAUAGAAGCCAUCUUCGAUCAAGAUCAUCGAUGGGUCUGGAUUCUCCAGGGUCCCGUUGCCGUCAAGCAUGCCAAGAUCGCUAAUGUCCCUAUCAAGAAUAUGCUUGGUGGUGUCCAAGAUGCAGUCAACGUAAUUCUAGUUGUCAGCGUAGGGAGAAGAGAGGGCUGCUGAUUCCAAAGCCCCUGGUCCGACAGUUCCCGGUAAAUU